GUGAAGCAAACUUGUUUACCAUCCCUACGGGUGAGGAAAUUAACCCACCAACUAAACAUAACAUUUGUACAGAAUCGUCGCCCUUAAAUCAACAACAUUUGUACAUUACUGUUCUUCCACGAAGGAUUGCAGGCACUAUCCCAAGUAAGAACCAGUUAAGAUGGAAGGAAGUGGAGCUGACUGUGAAGAAGACAGAUUUACACAUGAAUUCAAGUAUUUUAAAAGAAAGCAGCCACCUCCUGAUCUCAGUCAUGUCAUUCAAGUUGAUGACUUUUUCAAGGAAGGAGAGCAAAUAUUGCCAUGUUCCAUUACAAAGGAGGAGGAGGAAUAUGCAGAGGAAGUGGGACUCAACCCACACCUUUCCUGGAAAAUCUACUCUGUAAACUGUCAUCCAGGUUUGCUGUUCAUCCGUAACCCAUUCACGAGCCAAGGUCAGCUGCAAUGGAUCAAGAGGUGUUUGAGAGAAUUCCCCUGUGCUGCUAACAAGACAAAUCUAACAUCACAUGGCAUCACUCUUGCAGCAGACACAACAUGGUGGCAGCUGGCACAGACAAUUGCUGGCAAGGAAAGUGGGAUAAAGAAGAAACUUCGUUGGGUAACACUUGGGUACCACCACAACUGGGACACGAAGGAAUACAGUGAAUGUCUUAAAGGGGAAAUGCCUGUUAGUCUGGUUAAACUGUGUGGCGUUGUCUCCAACAUUUUGGGGUUUAAAGAUUUCCAUGCUGAGGCAGCAAUAAUCAACUAUUAUCAUCGCGACUCAACGCUGGCACCACAUACGGAUCAUUCAGAACCAUAUACGGAGGCUCCUCUCUUCUCAUUCAGCUUUGGCCAGAGUGCAUUGUUCCUCAUUGGAGGUCCAAGAAAGGCUACAAAACCAUCAGCUAUUUUCCUUCAUAGUGGAGAUAUAAUGGUGAUGACUGGGCUGUCCCGCCAAGCAUACCAUGCUGUUCCAAGAGUACUUCUGGUUGCUGAAGAACCAUGGAAUGCAUCACAUAAUGAAGUGGAAGUUACAGAAGAUAUUUAUGAAAAAGAAAGAUAUACUGAGAAUAAAUUUUCAGCCUCCAAUGAUUUUUCAAACAAAGUGACACUUAAUAUUGAUUGUGGAGAAAAGGAAGGCAUCAAAGGUAGAAUAUUUAAAGAUAAUAAUGACGAUAUUGAAGACAUAUUAAAUUACGUGAAAAGUUGUCGAAUUAAUAUGAAUGUUAGGCAAGUACUUGCCCCUUCCAUGAACAAACUACCCAAAUAGCUAAAGAUUAGA